AUGUCGGCAAGAACAUCGCGUGGUGCCCCUCCUUCGGGCAGCUCUUCUGCGGCACCCCCCUCCAGCGGUCGUUCCAAUGAGUACUUCGUCCCGAGAGACGGCAUUGAUCGCGAAGUCAUCACCGCCGAUAUCUGCCGCUACCUCGGAAACGAUGCUUUGGUGCGACCGGGUCACUACGAGAACCCUCAAACUGGCCAGGUUGUCCAAGGCUACUACAUCACCGCGUACCGAAACCUAACAACAGCCAUGAUCGAUGACUUGAAGGCAGACUCUGCGCGGUGGGAGGCGGAGAGGCGGCAGCAGGCCGCCCGGAACACCCAAGGAGCAGGGUAUCGCCAGUCGGAGACUCAUUCCGCGCGCCAACACUAUGGCCCAACGGAUCCCGCUGGCUACCCGGACGUGGGACGUGACUCCUAUGACAACGCUCCCAGAUACCCAGGAUCUCAAGCCCCAGGAUACUCAGGAAACUCUUCCCAGGGUUACUCCGGUUCAGCCGCCGCUGCUGCUGGCUACUCCCAACAGGCCCCUUCUCCUUAUGCUCCCAAUGCUGGGUACUCCUACCCCUCAGGUUCUUCUUUCUCUCCUCAGCCGGACCCCAGAGAUCCCCGCUACUCAGGAACACCGAGCCAUGCCCAAGGCUACGGAGGAGAACCUUACACUGCAGUCAACGCGAACAUGGCCGCUUCGCGCAACUUUGACUCGUACGGUUCAUCAGGACAGCCUGCAAGGAUUCCUACUACCAUGGCACCUGCCCAGGGACAGACUUACAUUCCAUCUGGAUCUCAAGCACCAGCAGGCUACCCGUCCGGCGGCUACUACCCGCCGCCGUCUCAGACACCCUACGGAUCCGCGCCAGUUUCCCAAGAUCCGUUGUAUGGACGCGCGUCCCCAGCAGGUGGUGCCGCCCACCCGUCGUACAGCUCAAACCAAGGAUCACAGUAUGAUGCAAACCCCAAACGCGCUUCGGCUACCCCUUCGAAUUCCAAUGCUCAGAUGGGAAACAGUGGAUCAUCCGGCUCUCGCCGCAGUGAGAGGGACUCCUCCGACAGGCAUCACCAGUCCGACCGCCACCGCCCUCCGCGCCGCUAA